ACAUUGGAUCUUUUUUUCACUCUCUCUAUCUCUCACUGGUCUUAUUUAUCUAUAAUGACUCAAUACGCCCAUUUGCUUUCGACGAAUUACAAAAGAAUUAUUAGCGAAUAUCUCGAAGAAGACGUUCCGUCGUUCGACUAUGGAGGCUACGUUGUAGGCGAAGAUGAACAGGUGGCUAUCUUGUACUGCAAAGCUGAAGGUGUCCUUGCAGGUGUGCCUUUCUUUGACGAAGUGUUCCGCCAGUUGGACUGCCGUGUUGAAUGGUCGGCCAAGGAAGGCGAUUGGAUUAAGCCUGAAGGCAAACAAGAGAUUGGUCGAGUUUAUGGCAAGGCACGUCAUAUUUUGCUCGGUGAACGUACGGCUUUGAAUAUUAUCUCUCGCUGCAGUGGUAUUGCCUUGAGCAUCCUUGCUGACAGUUGCCAUAACCACCUGACGUGUAGAGCACGUAACGUAUCCGAGUUACAAAAGGCCAAGGGCUUUGAAGGUGUUAUUGCUGCCACACGUAAAACCACGCCAGGCUUCCGACUGGUUGAAAAGUACGGCGUGCUAGUCGGAGGACUUGAUACGCAUCGCAUGGAUUUGUCGUCCAUGGUCAUGCUCAAGGACAACCACAUCUGGGCGUCAGGGUCAAUUACGGAGGCUGUCAAGAAUGCUCGCAAAGUAUGUGGAUUUGCACUCAAGAUCGAAGUCGAGUGCCAGUCGGAGGAGGAGGCGGAUGAAGCCAUUGCUGCCGGUGCAGAUGUCGUCAUGUUGGACAACUUUAGUGGCGAAGGCUUGAAGGCUGCAGCCAAAAGCAUCAAGGAACGUUGGGGUGCAAAGGGCAAGAAUCACUUUUUGAUUGAAAGCAGCGGAGGCAUCACCUACGAGACGUGUGCCAACUACUUCUGUAAAGACAUUGACGUUCUGAGCAUGAGCACGAUCACCCAAGGCGUUCCCCAUGUUGACUUUUCGUUAAAGAUCAGCCCUAAAAAUUAAUAGCCAUUUUUUCUUUUGUGUUCUUCUUUUCUUUGUUUGUUAAGCCUAAUAAUAACAUAUAUUUAAAAAAGGAAUGGAUGAAGACUCCUAUACCCGGCUGUUAAGUGCACCAUGGAACUGUGUAAAAGCAAACGACGACAAUGUCUAUUAUCUGAAAUACCAUACGGACAAUACCGGUUAUCGUUUACUGGUCACCGAUCUACGACGUGUGUGGUACGAUG